GCGUACCAUUUAAAUUUUAGAAAACUGAAAUGAGUGAAGUUGUUGUUAGUAUACAGAGUCAUGAAGUCAAGUCUAUCUACUUGUUUCAAUGUGAAAGCUUCAAUCUUUUUCUUUUUCCUAAUAAGUGUAGCCCUUCUUAUACGUUUGGUUCCACAUGGUGUUUCUUUUUGACAAGUUUUUCAGUUAAACUAAAGACUAUUUAAUAGAUCUAGUUCAGGCAAUGGGCAGAAAUGAUUCAACUUGUCCAAAGUCAUUUUCAUGUGGAAAUCUUACUGAUCUGAGCUUUCCUUUCUCUCUUUCCACACAACCUGACUGUGGAAUAAUGUUAUUAGCUGGUUGUAAUGCUAAACCAUAUCCGAGAAUCCAACUGCUUCCUCGAGGAGAUUCGUACUAUGCUUUAGGAAAUCUGUAUAAUUAUACAGUUUGGCUCGAGGACCCCAGGUUUCAUGCCAAGUUGAGGCAACACAAGUGCCAGGCUUUUAACGAAAAGUUUUCCUUACCACCAGGCUCUCCUUCUAUUUCUUUUAAAAUCGUCUCAUUGAAUUUUCUCGACUUCAUCAAAUGCAACAGCACUAGUAGUAGCACCCCAAACAUUACCAAUAAGAUGAAAGAUCAUUUUGCUGGUUAUAGAAUGUACAAUGGCUGUAAAGGCUUUAGCAUAUACUACAAGCUUCCUGGAGGUGAUGGUAAACACGUUCGAGCAGGCAAUCUUCCUGCCAACUGUUCACUUAUCAGAUUGCCGAUAGGCUCGCUAUCAGAUGAUGGUGGUUUGUUCAAUAUGUUAAUUGCUGGUUUUCUAGUAGAAUGGAAACUGUCUGAGGACUGUUACAAAUGUCACUAUCGCGGAGGUCAAUGCCAGACUAAUAUAACCAACAAAUUUCAUUGUGCAUAUCCAAAUAAGCCACAUGAUCAAGGUCAUCAAGAAAAUAAUCAACAUGAACAAGAUGUAAAAACGGCUAGAAGAAAGUUCAGACCGACUCUGGGAGCAGUUUUUGGUGUAUUAGGAUUGGUGAUAAUUUGUGUAGCUGUCUAUUUUAUCUGGCGUUGCAAGUGGAGGAAAUUUAAUCCACCCCACUUCCUCUCAACAAGGAAAUUGUCAUAUAUAUUUAAAAAUGAUGUUGAGGGAGGCAGUAUAUACUUUGGCAUCCCAGUGUUCUCGUAUUCGGAACUUGAAGACGCCACAAAUGAUUUCAAUUCCUCUCGAGUCCUUGGAGAUGGAGGUUUCGGAACUGUUUACUAUGGAAAACUUAAGGAUGGACGAGAGGUUGCUGUGAAGCGCCUUUACGAGCACAACUGCAAACGAAUGCAGCAGUUUGUAAAUGAAAUUGAGAUCCUUACUAGGCUAAGGCACAACAAUCUUGUUACCCUCUAUGGUUGCACUUCAAGGCGUAGCCGUGAACUACUCCUUGUCUAUGAAUACAUUCCUAAUGGAACUCUAGCUGAUCACCUCCACGGUGAUAGAGCGAAGAACAGAUCACUCACCUGGCCAGUCCGCUUGAACAUUGCCAUAGAAACUGCUGGUGCAUUGGCUUACCUUCAUGCUUCUGACAUAAUACACUGUGAUGUCAAGACUAAUAACAUACUCCUUGAUCAGAAUUUCAGUGUCAAAGUUGCAGAUUUCGGGAUAUCACGUCUCUUCCCAAAUGAUGUCUCUUAUAUCUCAACUGCACCCCGGGGUACCCCUGGCUAUAUCGAUCCAAAGUAUCACGAAUGUUACCAGCUGACCAUAAAAAGUGAUGUUUAUAGCUUCGGGGUAGUCCUUGUCGAGCUCAUUUCAUCAAUGCCAGCUGUAGAUUUGACUAGGCUUAGCCAAGAGAUUAAUUUGGCUAACUUUGCAAUAAACAAGAUUGUAAAACGUGCAUUUAACGAGUUGAUUGAUCCAUCCCUGGGGUUCGACUCAGAUACAAAGAUUUUGGAAACGACCACUUCAGUGGCAGAGUUGGCUUUUCUAUGCUUACAGACAGAUAGGGACAUGAGACCUACUAUGGUUGAAGUUUUGGAUACUCUAAAGGAGAUUCAGAUUAGUGAAUUUGACAAUGAGAAGAGAGCUGACUCUAAUCUCAAUGGAAAUGAAGCUAAAAUUGUUACAGCAUCCCCUUUCGCUGAAUCAGAAGAUAAGUUUAUGCUGAAACAAGUUAAAUCACUACCUUAUCCAAAUUCUGUUACUAAUAAAUGGGUUACUUGCUCUGAUAUAACUACUACAAAGUAGUUGAAAGUUCUAUACUCCCUUUCUUUGUUAUUGAUGUGAAUUUUGAGAGAUUACGAAUGUAUAACUGUAUGAGUCAAAGUGAUUCAAUAUUUGAUUUCAUUAUAUAAGAGCUGUGACAUAUACUGGCAGGUCCUUCAAAGCA